UGUGGGUACUUACGUUGAGAAAGUAGCUUUCUAAAUUUUUUGGCGUCUUGCUUGCUUUCGAAAUAUUCAAUAUCCUUGUGUUUGUGGUAUUUCAAUAAAUUAUUAUUGAAAUUUUGUUUUCCCUGUGAAGUGAGACGAAACUUAAGUUUAUUGGUUGCUGGAAGACUAAUUAGAAAGCAACAUGGAAGCCCUGACAGUUCCGCCAUGAAUGCAAAAUAAAUAGAAAUUGUGGAGAUACUAGAAGUCAAUUAAGACGGGCUAGAAACUUCACAAUGUUGAGAGGUGGGCGCGGUGGCCGUCACAGUCCAGAGCUGUACCCCCACACACUCAAGUGCUCUAAUGCAAGUGACACUAGCUCUGCAUACAGUGGCAGUGACACCAUGACUUCGGUACACAGUUCUUUAGAUAUGGACAUGGAAGUAGAUCUAUCCGGUCUCUUAGAGUCUAUUGUAGAUUCGGAUGAGGAAGAAGAUUUGGAGGAAAGCAUGGACAGUUUGACUGUCCGAGAUGCUGUUAGAGAAUGUCUUGAAAAAGAUCCAAGUGAAAGAACUGAUGAGGAUAUAGAAAUUCUUCUUGAAUUUACACAGCAUUUAAAAGCUUUUACUAACAUGACCCUUACUGUUAGGAGGGCUCUCUGUGCUGUCAUGGUUUUUGCAGUUGUAGAAAAAGCUGAGACUGUUGUGAUGAAUGAUGGUGAAGAACAUGAUUCAUGGUCAGUUCUCAUAAAUGGUCAGGUUGGAAUUGAGCAUCAGAAUGGAGAAAUAGAAUACCUUAAUGUUGGCGACAGUUUUGGUAUGGCAGAAGCUACAUUAGAAAAAUUAUAUCAUAGAGGGGUAAUGACAACUAGAUGUGAUGAUUGUCAAUUUGUUUGUGUCACUCAAACUGAUUACUACCGCAUUUUACAUCAAGGCGAAGAAAAUAUAAGGCGUCAUGAAAACGAAUGUGGUGUUUUAGUCUUAGUUACUGAAUAUAGAGGAGCUGCAGGAGAAUCAGGACACCAACAAGGACAUGUCGUCAUUAGAGGAACACCUGAACAUUUGAUGUUACAGCUCAUUGAAGACAAUUCGCGUGAUUCUACUUAUGUUGAAGAUUUUUUAUUGACUCACAGAACUUUUAUAGAAAGUCCUCUGGUUGUUGCCAAACAGUUGCUUGCCUGGUUUUCUGAACCUUCAGUCCGUGAUAAGGUAACACGAGUGGUAUUAUUGUGGGUAAAUAACCAUUUCACAGAUUUUGAAACAGAUCCAAAUAUGAUGGAAUUUUUAGAGGAAUUUGAGACUGUGUUGGAACGUGAGAAAAUGGAAAGUCAACUUAAUUUAUUAAACAUAGCUUGUUCUGCUAAGGCAAGAACAAGGAAUGUUACAUUAUCACGCCCUUCACGAGAUGAACCACUUAAUUUUACCAUUUUAGGAGGUUAUGAGAGAAGAUAUGGGAUUUUUGUUUUAAAAGUAGAAAAACAUUCUAAGGCUGAAGAUGUAGGAUUAAAAAGAGGAGAUCAAAUUAUAGAGGUCAACUGUCAAUCUUUCCAACAUGUCAGCCAUGCGAAAGCAAUGGAAAUUAUAACAGGAUCAACACACUUAAGCAUCACAGUAAAAAGUAAUUUAUUAGCCUUUAAGCACAUGCUGUCAAUGCCAGAAAACUCUCCUAGGCAGAGAGGUUGUGCCAAUAUGGUUCGUUGGCAAGCUGAUCCUAGAGCAAGAUUAUCUACUGCAGAGCUACUUAGUGACGACCCUAUUACACUUACACCAGUUUUCCAAUCUCCUACCAAAAAACCUCAACCACUUAACAUUAAGAAAGAAACACAAAAAGGCUUUAUGACUUUAGGCCCUAAAAGAAGAUUACAAAAAGCUUUAAUGAAGAUGAAUAUUCUACCAAAAAAUACUAUUACUGAUGGUAUACACAGUGAUGAUAGUAUACUUUCUAAUUCAGAAACAUUAAACAAAGCUACUAGCACUUCGUUCUAUAAUUCGCAUAGCAAUCCUGACUUAAUAUCUAUAUGUUAUGAUGAUUACCAGUCUUCAGAUUAUCCUGAACAUGUACUCAAAGUAUACAGAGGUGAUCAGACAUGUAAAUAUUUGCUGGUUCAUAAAGAGACAACAGCUAGGGAGGUUGUAAUGCUUACUUUACAAGAAUUUGGUAUCACUGAUCCCAGUUCGAAUUUUUCUCUUUGUGAAGUAUCUGUUGCACAAGGAGGUAUUAUAAAACAGCAUAGACUGCCAGAUCAAUUACAAAAUCUUGCUGAACGUAUUGGCCUCAGUUCCAGGUAUUAUUUGAAAACAAAUGGAAUAAGUGAAACAUUAGUACUGGAUGAAAUGGCACCAGAACUUCUGAGAGAAAGUGUGGUACAUUUUUUGCAGUUGAAUGCUGUUGAAGUUGCUGUUCAAUUAACUUUGCAAGAUUUUUGUAUAUUUCGACAAAUAGAGAGUACAGAGUAUGUUGAUGAUCUCUUUGAAUUGAAGAGCAGAUAUGGCACACCCAUGCUAUCACAAUUUUCAGGACUUGUAAAUAAAGAAAUGUUUUGGGUUGUCACUGAAGUGGUCAAUGAACAAAAUCUUGUAAGAAGAUCAAAAAUCAUAAAACAGUUUAUUAAAGUAGCUCGACACUGCAAAGAAUGCAAAAAUUUUAAUUCCAUGUUUGCAAUCAUAUCUGGCUUAGGACACGGUGCUGUAUCCAGAUUAAGAAUGACUUGGGAAAAAUUACCUACAAAAUACAACAAGCUUUUCUUUGAUUUACAAAUGCUUAUGGAUCCUUCACGAAAUAUGUCGAAAUAUCGGCAACUAGUAACAACUGAACAAGGUAGAUCUCCAGUGAUUCCAUUUUACCCAGUUGUUAGAAAAGAUUUAACGUUUAUACACCUCGGUAAUGAUACAAAGGUUGAAGGUAUGGUUAAUUUUGAAAAAUUGAGAAUGAUAGCUAAAGAAGUGAGAACGCUGACAAACAUGUGCAAUGCUCCAUAUGAUCUUCUUACACUAUUGGAGUUGGGCAAACAGCCACCUUCAAAUGCUAUGGUAGCUUUGAAUCAACUCACGACAGGCGUUCAACAAGGUCAAGUUACUGUAAAAAGAAGGAAAAAGUCAUCAAAUGUCCCUAACCCUAAAAAAAUGUUUGAAGAAGCACAAAUGGUUCGUCGCGUCAAAGCGUAUCUCAAUAGAAUGCAUGUUGAAACAGAUGAAGAACGUCUUCAUGCUUUGUCAUUAGAAUGUGAAGGCGCUGGUCCGGCACCAACGGUACCACGUAGACGGCAUCCUUCGCCAUCUUUGUCAACAACCAGCAGUGCCUCAUCAGCUAGUGAAAGUAAGAAAAGCUUUGCUGGAAAUAAAUUUGGAGCUGCUUCUCCCCAAGCUGUUCGAAAAUUAUUAGCUUUAUCGGAGCCUGCUAAAACAAGGCCGCAUCAACCUAGACCACCACCAUCAGGUCCUUCGCCGUGUUCGCAUCGACGUGAUGGUACAGGCCCAGGUAUAUGUUGCUCGCGUGCAGCACAUGAGAGAUCACAUUCUGAUACACCAACACCACUGCCAGUCGAUUUAUCAGCAGAAAGUAGUAGCGUGACGUCAUUAGUAAACUUGCCAUUAAGAAAAACUGGUUCAGCUACUUCAAGUGACAGUGGCCACGGGUCAUGUACAACGGCCCAUUGCGUGAGGCCGGUUCCCCCACCUAGAAUGCCCUAUACAUUAGCCGCACAAGUGGCGCGCUUAGAGCGGCUAAGUCGUGCGCAUUCACACGAAGGCGUCACUCGUUCUUAUGAUUAUUACCACGAUGCGCCAGAUGACGAAGAUGACGAUCAGCAGGUUUCUGCUGUUUGAAAUUUUAAAUACUCUUAUCAAUAUCUAUUUAUAUAGAUUUGUAAUCUCACUUGACGAAUAGAAAGCACGAGUUACAUACGUUUUUCUUAUACUUUAAUAUUUAAAUCAUGUAUGUACCCUUUACAAUUAAGUUUAAAGACUGUAUAAUUUUAACAUUUUAUUAAAACCUGUCCUAGUGUUACAUAGAGUAAAUUUAAUAUGCUAUAAGCCAUGCCUCUUAAUUAUAAUUAUUAAAAUUAUUGUGACCCCACCAUGUUCCAGUUAUAUUAUCUAGAUAUUUUUAAUGUAUAGCAUUGUAAUGGUGAUUUGUUUCAUAUGCGCCUUUGGUAUUUUUACAUUCCGUUGUUUGUAUAUUUUUAUAAUUUUCAUUAUUUAUAAUACGCAACUUAGACCAAAUAAUAAUUAAUGUACCUUUUAAUAUUUACGACUCAAGAUUGAUUUUGAAAUAUUUGUAUGUGGUAGUAUUUUUUGGUAGCUUUGAGGACCAAUAAUGAGUUUGAAUGGUAUUUCUUGUGGUAGCAAUUUAAAAUUUGUUUAUAUCUGGAUUU